AAAUAGUCUUAUCAUUGAAGCAACACAACUCGCUCACUGUUGUUUCGCUAGUCUACAUCGCCUCCCCAUUCAGGUGCUAUCGUAGUAAUCGAGCUUUGAGCCACAAAAUUUAACUUUUCGUGGCGCGCAGGUGUCGUACACUUUUGCUUACGAUUCAGUUUCCUUCCACGAUUGCCAACGUGUUCAUUUCGGGGUCGUGUAUGAGGUCUGCAAGUUACCUGGGAGAGUGUCGGAUGAAGCCCAUUGACCUAUUGUCGCGAGUGAAAUUAUUAUGGAAUACUCAAAGUGCUGAAGUUCUGACCCGUAUGAGUUGAUUCCAGGUGUGAAAGUCGCGCGGAAUGAUCUAUGAAGAGUUUGACCCCUCGUUGGACGAGGCGAUCCAACUUGCGACACCUGAGUUCGGAAGUAAUCUUAAACGGAGAUUUACCAACGUGGGGGUGAGUCAAUCAAUGAGAAACUGCAAGAAUGGAUGCACGCCCACUAAACUGGAAGACACAUUCAUACGAGAUGGACAGAACAGAAUCCAACUCAAAAACAUUGAAAUUGCCGAUGCACUUGUCUCCAGAAUGAAUGAAAUUAUCCCUAACUUGAAGGAGAGACAUCUGCGCAUUUCUGCCGAUUGGUAUAACAUAACUUUGAAAGGAACAUAUCAAAUGUUUAAUACUAGUCAAAUGAAAUUACUUCCUGUUAUAUCAACAGGUGAUUUUGUGAUCUCUAUAGAAGAUACAGUCGCUCAUGGUGUAGUCGGAUUUACAACAGCAGGAGAAGCAUUGCAGGCAACGAACUUUGAUAUUGAAUAUGAUGCUGAAAAUGUAUCUGUAGAGGUAGAAUACUUUAACAAUUUGAAAAAUGCCAAAGAACGUAAUUGCAUCAAGGAUCAAGAAAUUGGAAACACAAUUGCCAAACAUAUCCGAAAUGACUUAUAUCUGAAACUUGAAGAAUCCUUGCGCAAGAACUUGAACGAAGUUCUAAUGGAUUACAAUCUGAUGGAAAUUUUUAAUGAUAAUGCUGAGAUCUCAAACAAAUACAGGAACAUGGUAGGUAGCAGCGAACGGGUAACGAAUACCUUCGUAGACAAAGUCCUCGCCGAAGUAAACAAACGUAAUCGGAUAUCCAUCAAUUUGCCAAGCAUAUCUGAAUCAGGAUUUGUAGCCCAAACUGGAAAGCUAGCGCACUUACAAACGCUCUGCAGACGGCGAAACUUUUCAAAAAUUAUUAACAAGCAAAAUGGAUACGUAACGCUUUUUGGAGAAAUUGAAUUGGGCAAAUGCUUGGUGACAUAUGAAUAUUGGAGCUUUUGGAUACUGCAUGGCUUUCUUAAAGCGGAGGCUACGAAUAACCGAAUGAGGCUAAGACUGACAACUACCACAAGUAACUUUUUGCGUGCCGAACUCAUUUUUAACGAUGCCCAUUUGCGAGUGCUCACGUUUGGAAAUUUAGAACUCGACGUCUCCGGGAUGGGAAUAUUCAAUUGGAUCGAAGAGCAAAUUCGAGCGGUGUUAAAUAAUGCAUUUAAGACUGAUGUAACGCGGAAUCUUGGUGAUAAACUUCGAAAGAGUUUCCAACAAUUCGUACAAGGAAGUCCAAAAAAACGUCAAUAAAUAGUUCAAAUAUUGCCAUUUUCUACUUUUUUGAGAAAAAAUUGUUUUUGUUUUUAAUAAAAUAGUUAAUUGUUUA